UAGACCAUCACUCUCUGGUUACACCAGUCUUCUCCUAAACGGCACGGAAGUCAGACGUGGUCGCGGAAAAGUGCAAGUCAUUCGUUUGCAAAUAUUAUUUUGCAAACAAAACUUUAAAAACAACGAGUGAACGGUGACGUGACUAAAUCGUGUGGCCCGCUUCAAUUUUCCUUACGAUUCUUCAUCCACUUCUGGCCAAAAAGGCGGGCUUAAGAAGAAGAGCGGCGCGGCAAGGGACGACAAGUAAGAAGAAGAGCGCACGCAACGUGCAACAUUGUGUGCGUGUGUGUUUAUUUGUUUGUUUGUGUGACGAAAAUACAACAAGUGCAAACAACAAUAAAACGAGAAACAGCAGCAACAACAAAAAUACAUCAACUCCUUUGGUAAACCAAGACAGCAACAACAACAGGAGGCGUAGUGCGUCAAAGAGGGGAGAGCGGUUGUCGUUGCUGUUGUUGCUGCCUCACACUGAUAGCAACGAUUGGUGAGGAAUCCACCGAUGCAACAACAAUUCAAGUAUGACGGAGGAAAUAACCGGCGAUUGGAGCUAUUACGUGUAUAUAUCGCUAACGCUGGUUCCAGUCUAUUUGGCAUUUCGGCUCAUUAAGUCACUGGGCUGGCAGCUCUUCGUCAACAACUGAGC